AAAGUGACUCUGGUUUUGUUUUUCAUUUUCAGAUGGAUCUAUGCAGUUUCAGGUAGACCGUUGUGUGUUUAACUCGACUGAUCUGAACAACAUCGAGUACAUCCUCUCUUUCUACUACAACAAACUGGAGUAUGCCAGGUUCAGCAGCAGUGUGGGGUUGUAUGUUGGAUACACAGCUUUUGGUGUGAAGCAGGCAGAGGCUUGGAACAACGACCCUUCAGAGCUGAACAGUGUGAGAGCUCAGAAGGAGAGAUACUGCCAACACAACAUAGGAAACUGGUACAAAGCUUCUCUGUCUAAAUCAGCCAAGCCGUACGCCAAGCUGCACUCUGAGACGCCCCCUACUGGUGGACACCCCGCCAUGUUGGUGUGCAGCGUCUACGACUUCUACCCCAAAAUGAUCAAAGUGAGCUGGCACAGAGACGGAAAGGAAGUCACCACUGAUGUCACUUCCACUGAUGAGCUGGCUGACGGAGACUGGUACUACCAGAUCCACUCACACCUGGAGUACACACCCAGGUCUGGAGAGAAGAUCUCCUGUGUGGUGGAUCACGUCAGCCUGGAUGAACCUCUGGUUAAUGUCUGGGACCCGUCCAUGCCAGAGUCUGAGAGAAACAAGAUCGCCAUCGGAGCGUCUGGACUGAUCCUGGGUCUGAUCUUAUCUCUGGCUGGAUUCAUCUACUACAAGAGCAAGACCCGAGGAAGGAUUCUGGUGCCCAGUAACUGAUCCGGGUCCUGGUGGUCCAGCAUCAGAUGGAGGAACAAGCAGCUUCCUGUGCUUUCCACCUGACGUACCGACUAAACACGAUUGUCUGAUGCUGGGCUGGUGUGAACCCUGAUCCUGGACUGUUCCUGGGUCAGGUUUAGUCUGGUCUCUGGAUGUGGACUGUGCUUCAUUCUAGUGUGAUGCUUUACUUGAUCAAUCAAUAUUUUACAGGAUCAAUCAUUCUGCUGUUCUAUCAGAUAUAAUCAGGGGAUUGGAGGGUUUAAAUGUGUGAUUGUUACAUUUAUAUAUUUGUACUGAGAGAAACUUUUCCAACCACAGUAAACCUUCAGAAACCAUGUGUGGACGUUUUCUUCAGGUGUUAAUAAUCAGGUAGUAUACUAGUAAUAACCCGUUAGAUUGUUUAUCUUAUGGAAGCAAUAAGUGGACGAAUCAUAUCUCCUUAUUUUCUCAAACUCUUCACUUGAUGUAUCCGGUUUAAGAGAUUAAACACUGGUUUUCCCACGA